AUGAAAUAGUAAAUCACAAUUUUGCAACAAAAAUUUUCGACACCAAAAUGACAGCUAACUAGUACAUGUAUUGCUUUGAUCGACCAUAAAAAUACAUCGGGAUCGGAGGUUUUAAAAUCGUCACCUCUUCUGUAGAAAGGCCAACAUCAGCUAACAGAUUUCUUUCUUUUCCCCCUAAAACGCCCCUAAAAAGGCAGUGUAUUUUGAAGAUAAUGAGGCAUUAUUUCAAAUCAUUGAGUCACUGGAUUAAUUGACAGAUUUGAUUGGUUGCUAAAGAUCCACCACAGAAAUGUCUCUGUUCAGGAAGUUACUGGGGAAUAACAAUUCCCCAGAAGGGGCUAAAGGGGGCCCUGUCAAGGGCACCACACCUUCAGGAAUGCAGUUAAUGGGGGCCCAGCUGCAGCGGAAAUUUGCCAAGGGUGUUCAAUACAACAUGAAGAUUGUGAUUCGUGGAGAUAGAACAGUUGGAAAGUCUUGCCUGUUUUAUCGGCUCCAGGGACAGAAAUUUCAUGAGGAAUACAUCCCCACUGACGAAAUUCAAGUUUGCUGCAUUCAGUGGAACUACAAAACAACAGACGACAUUGUGAAAGUUGAGGUGUGGGAUGUUGUGGACAAGGGAAAGAAACGAAAGAAGUUUGAUGGACUCAAACUUAGUAACGAAGAGGAAUCUGAUGAGCCCAGUUUGGAUGCCGAGUUUAUUGAUGUGUAUAAGGGAACUCAUGGGGUCAUUCUGAUGUAUGAUGUCACGAAACAAUGGACUUUUACGUAUGUGGAGAACGAAAUGGAGAAGAUUCCUGUACACAUUCCCGUCCUUGUCCUGGGAAACCAUCGAGACAUGGGACAUCAUCGCACCGUGCUAGAAGAUAAAGCUAGAUAUUUCUGUAUGCAUUAUGACAGACCUGCUGGGGCAGCCAUUGUCCGAUACGCAGAAUCAUCAAUGAAAAAUGGAUUUGGUCUCAAAUAUCUGCACAAAUUUUUUAAUCUUCCAUAUCUUAAUCUUCAGAGAGAAACGUUGAUGAAGCAGUUAGAGACGAAUGCUCUGGAUAUGGAGUCCACCCUGGAGGAGCUGGAUAUCCACGAGGAAUCCGAAGAACAGAAUUAUGAUGUGUUCAUUGACAGUGUUUGCAAUAAGAGAAGACAGCAGCAGGAGGAACUUGCCAAAGCUGCCACAGAGGGCGCCACAUUACGCCAGGAAGUGGUGGACACUCCAGACAAAAAGACUGACUCAUCUGUGCCAAAAUCCUUAUCCAUGCCCUCACUCCAGAAGUCGACCAUUACUCCCAAAGAGUCAACCUCGGUAGGCAACACUCCUGUGGGGACAGGGCAGCCUAUUCCUGUUGAAAAGCCCUCGCCAUCAGAACCAGCCAAUCAACAAGCAGAACAGAAAUCGGGCUUCUUUUCCAGGCUCUUUAAGAGCAAAGAUUCGGCAGCAACAAAGAAACCAGAAAUUGAACCAGACUCUGCGGUACCGAGUCCCCCCACAGCCAAGGUCACCAGCGUGGAGGACUUCAUUCCAGACGGUGGAGUCAUCGACAGUUUCCUGGAAGACACGAGAGAAGUGAAAGACUCUGGGAAAAAUGAGGGAACCCUGGACAGUGACAGUGAUGAAUCGACAGGGAAUCCUAUGGUGGCCGGUUUCCAAGAUGAACUUGACUCUGAUGAUGAUUAUACAACCAGCCAAUCAAAAGGGGUGGUAACUGAAGACAUUGAUCUUUCCAGUGAUGAUGAGAGACCAAUCACAGUGUCUACUAAAUCAGUGGAACUCUCUAGUGAUGAAGAUGAUAAUAGUCCUGUUGUCAGGCAGAAUGAUGACAUUUCAGAUGAUGAUGACGAUGUGAAGCCUGAACAAGUUGGGAUAACUCCAGAUGAUGACUUGUCAAGCGAUGACAAUGAGUUAGUUUCACAAAGUAAAAUAUGUACUGAUAAAGUUUCUCAUGGAAAUCUACAGACAACAGAGAAAUUAGAAAGGAAACCAAGCUGUGAUACUCAAAUAAAUACCGAUGUGAAAGAGACACCUUCUAGUACUCAAUGUUCAGCUGUGGAUUCUGAUCAGAGACAGGAUUUACAAGUUGAAGUGGUGCCACAUCCACAGGAUACUGGGGUUGAGUCAAAUGGUGCCAUAGCUGUGUCUCCACAUAGAAGCCAGAAUAACACAAAGCCAAUCCUCAAAAAGAGCCCGAGCGACGCCUCAUCAGAGGACGAGGACAGUGCUGCCCCUGUGGUCAUUCUGGCUGACGAGGACGUCAGUGAAGGAGAGCUUGCGGUCACUGCAACUGACCAAGCCGGCCUCAAUGAUUGGUUGGACCAGCUUGAGAGUAAAGGUGAAAUGGGUGACAUGGCUGGUAUCAAAGAUGAUGAUCUAUCUUCUAGUCCAGAGCCUCAAAUCAUUCCUAGUCAUACCAAGCCCAAAAAAUCCUCAAAGAAAGCGACGCCCAGUGUCAAUGAUGAAGAGGAACAGAAUGGGGUGAAGAAGAAGAAAAAGAAGAAAAAAGACAAGGAUGACAGUGGGACAAAAAAGAAAAAAGAAAAAUCUUCUCGUGAGAAGGAGGGUGAAAAAAGAGAAAAAGUCUCUGAAAAAGCAUCCGGAGAUUCUGGAAAGAAAGAAAAGAAGAAGAAAAAGAAGAAGGAAUUAACAGAAGAAGAGGAAAGUCGCAAUGAACUGGAGGCAUUUUUGAAUGAUGGUGGUGGUUACGAGUCUCUGUAGGAGGAGCUAUUGUCUCACGAGAUAUCAAGAUUCAACACCGAUAGCGUCGUUAGACACAGAGACAUGCACUGAUCUCUGGGAAUAAUCUGAACUGAAUAUGUAAUAUUAUCCCCAGAAAAUCCUCUCCAUUAAUUUCCUUCACAACAGUAAGGGGCAUGUAAAUCUAUACCAUAUGUAGAUUAUUUUCCUGUAUUUAUAAGUGAUGUAAGAGUUCGUAUCUCAGUAUACUGACUCCUUGUUUAAACAUACAUGACUGAAUUUUUCUGUUUUAGAAAGUCAGUAAAUUAUUGUGCUCUCUCGCCAAUGAAAUUCAAGUUCGUGAUUUUAUACAUUGAUAUACAAAUUAAUUGCUUUUAUGGCAAAAGCUUUGUUUACCAUCUCAAAUUUUAUAACUUGUUUUUGAUGUAUGGGUUGUUGGUUUUUUGGCAAAUGCAUAUUGCAGUACAAAUUUCAUAAUUCACAUUGAAAUUGUUAUUAAGCCACAAUGAAUUAGAAUUCUUAUUGCAUUCACAUGGCAAAUGAGUAAUGCCAAUUUAAACGUGCAUUAAAAAUGUGCCCUCCUUCAGGAGAACUUGUUAUCAAUUCAAUACACAUUGUCGCUCAGUGAGGACUUCAUUCAUUGUUGAUGUUAUCAGAUACAUGUGUGUAUUGUGAGAAAUGUUGAUGUUAUCAGAUACAUGUGUGUAUUGUGAGAAAUGUUGAUGUUAUCAGAUACAUGUGUAGUGUAUGACAAUGUUUUAAUUUGUUGUAUUUUGUUAGUUAGCACUUGCAUUCCUAUUUAAUGCCUAUUUGAAUUCUUCUUGCAUUCAUACUGGAGUUGACUAUAUUUUACACUGUAAUUAAUUUAUUGUACUUUCUUAGUUAGCACUUGGCAUUCAUACUGAAUAUCUAUACUGGAAUUCACAUUGCGUUCAUACUGAAUUCGAAUUUUAAGCUGUAUUAAUUUAUUGUAUUUUCUUAGUUAGUACUUGCAUUCAUUCUCAAUGCCUAUUGGAAUUCACAUUGCGUUCAUACCAUAAAUAAGCAAAACAAAAGACCAGUGAAGCAUGCUUAAAAUAAACAGGCUUAAAACAAACACACUUGUAAUGAACAGGCAUAUAACAAAUACACACUUAUUGUGAAGUGAUAUUUAUAUUCCCUUACGAGAGAAAAAUAAUGAAAAUGUUAUUGGAUAUAGUGAAGUUUGGUUAUAAUGAACUGUUUUUUGCUGGCCCUUGAGGUUCACUAUAACUGUGUUUUACUGUAAUUGUCAUCAAAUCCAAUACGUAUAUUGCAAUUCACAUUGUUUUGUCACUGUGUGAAUGCCGCGAUGGGAAUUCCAAUCCGCAUUGAACAUAGACUGGGAUCUAUGUAAAGCCUCUGUGUGAAUGAGAUGACGUAUACUAGAUGUCAUUACCAUUUGUACUGUUGUGCAAGACAGAUUAUUAGCUUUAGUGUUACUAUUUUAUUUCAUUUUUAUUGUAAGCUUUGUUGUGACUAAGUCAAACUUUGCUUAUGAUAUGAUGAAUGACAUCCGGGCGACAACAUUUCACUUUUCUUUGCAAUAUCUCAAGUAGAGUGUGAGCUUUACCAUUUAAAGUGAUAAAGGACAACCUCUGAAGUGUUUAAAGGAAAAAUGAAGGACACAAGUUAACAUUCGUGUCUAUGGAAAAUGAUUUUCAGACAAGUCCUAAAUAAAUCAAUUACUUGGUUCUCAGGCCUGCUCACACAUCUGAGAACCUAUUAAAUUUUUGGGCUUAGCAUUUCGAUCAUCGUUCAAACAUGAUUCUGCAAUGAAAUUUUACAUGAAGAUAAAAGAACAAAACAAAAGUAUUCACAUGAAUUUCAAACAACAUAUUCAUUGUUCUCUUAUUUUACGAUUUUUUUUUGAAAGGGUAUGUAAUUUUCAUCAGAUCAUUGUAUUUCAUUUUCUUCUGUAACUUUGACUCUUAUGGGAUUUUCUGAGAUCAAAUGCGCUGAUAAUGCUCAGGGUGUACAAGCAAAUUGAAUUACAAGCAUUAGAAAUCACCUGUUAGUCUGAGCAUUUCAUUAUUUUUUAUGUUUUGUGUUCAAUUCGUAAAUGAUUUAUUGUGUGAUGAGAGUGUUAUUUUUAUAUCAGAGAUAUUCUUGACAGUAAUUGAAAGAUUCUGUUAAAAUUCAUUUAAUGGAUAGAGAAAUACUACCCAAAUAUUUUUUUGUUUUGUAUUUAUUUGAUGUUUAUAUUUUGAAUGUGAAUUAUGCUUCACGGUGAUCAGGUGAUUUAAUUGUGCGUGACAUAACAAAACAAAGGCAGUGUGUCCUGAUGAUGAUAUCCUAUUGCUCUCAUCUUUGAUAACUGCAUGUCUAGCUGGCUGAGUGUAUGGAAGCCUAAAUCAAUCAUGUGUGCAAUCAAACUGUAUACCAAAAUAUUUGAGCUUCCAUCUACAUGUCAGAGUUAUUUCCCUUGGAAAGGUUUGCUUGAGAUCAUUUCCUUACCAUUAUGUGCUGAAAUUUAUGAAAUCAUAACAUGAACAGUGUUGUUUGACAGAGUAUUUCUUGGUCUGAAGGAAUUGUGAGAGGAAAGGUUCCUAAUUAACAGAAACCACUUGUUUAAUUUUUUCAUGUGUUGACAGUAUUACAUUGUAUAUGUAUAGAAAGCAGUUAGGUUGGAGUUGUCUCUCUUGUUUUGGUUUGCACAGAGGGCACACUUGAUAUGUCUACCCCACUGUACACCCAGUGUAACCGAUAUACACCUUAUAACCAAGUGCAGUUGGUGUAGUGUAGUAUAUUCAAUUUGGAUGUUGAAUUGCAGCAAUCCUUAUUUGAGAGGAAUCUUUUGUUUCAUGUUGUUUAUUCACAAUUUCAAUGCAAUUACAUGGCUAGUAUAGACCCUCCAUAGCCCAGAAUUUAAAGAUUUUUUGUUUUACAAAAAUAUAUUUCAAUAUGCAUUUCUAAAUAUCUAUUGCAUCUGAAAAUAAGCACCAAAAUUUUUGCCUUUUGUUUGGCGCAAAGCUUAUUUUAUGAUGAUUGAAAAAAUAUUAUAUAUUUUCAUUUAUUAUUCAGAAUGCAUUUUAAACUCUUGUAAAUGACUAAAUACAAUACACUGGAAUUAUCCUCUUAUAUACUUUACAAUUAAUGAAAUACAGAGAGAGAGAGAAACAUAUGCAAAUUUCCACCAUCAUUUUUCACCCAUAUUGAAUUUUUCGGUGCAUUGACCAACACAUGCCCUGUACAGUGUGUAGGUGAUGUACACCAAGAAGUGUACUCAUUUUCACUUGAUUAUGGAAAAGCGUACACUUUUUGGUCGGUGUAGACAAAUCAAGCAUGCUGGGAGACAAACAACUGAAUCUAAUCUCCUGUAUUUACAUCCGUGAUGUCUCUUAUGUAAAAAAUUAUUUUCUGAAUUCUUUGCUUUUAAUUUGUAAAAAUUAUUUAAUCACUCACAGUUAGUUUUAAUUACUGUAAAAUUGUUGAAUCGAUACACAUACCAUACAGUGCUAGUCUGCGGAUUUGAUACGGGGAUUUAUUUUUUGUAAAGUAAAAUAUUUGAAUACAAGAUGAUUGUGACCUGGAUUUAGCUGCUGUUGUAUGUUUUAUGAUGAUAUGAUGUAGAAUUUAAAUGUUUGUUUUUGCUUCAUACAGAACUCUGUACAUUCAGUUUUUGAGCAGCAUAAAUGACCGAUGACUAGAUAUGGCUGGAAAAAGUUUUUUUCUUUUUUGGAUGUUUGGAUUCUAUGGUGAUAUUUUAUUUGUAUCAUAUUAUUAAUAGAAAAUAACAAAAAUCCCAGAGAAAAUGAA